CUUUGUUGCGAUUGACAGUUGACGUUUCUCAAUACGUCGAACGAAAAUCCCCAGCGGCAUCCUUUUCUUUUGAUAGCAGCAAAACACGUCUAGUUCGUGAUGGGACGUGUAAUCCGAGCACAGCGUAAAGGUGCGGGAUCAGUCUUCAAAUCCCACACCAACCGGAGAAAGGGGGCCCCCAAGUUGCGUUCGUUGGAUUUUUCAGAACGCCAUGGCUACAUUAAAGGUGUCGUUAAAGACAUCGUGCACGACCCCGGUCGUGGCGCCCCUCUAGCCCUCGUCCACUUCAGAGACCCCUACAAGUUCCAAACCCGCAAAGAGCUGUUCAUUGCACCGGAAGGCAUGUACACCGGACAGUUUGUGUACUGUGGAAAGAAAGCUAACCUCCAAAUCGGUAACGUGUUGCCAAUUGGGGCCAUGCCUGAAGGUACCAUUGUGUGCAACCUAGAGGAAAAAACUGGAGAUCGUGGCCGUUUGGCGCGUGCCUCUGGGAACUACGCCACCGUUAUCGCCCACAACCACGACACGAAAAAAACCAGGGUUAAGUUGCCCUCAGGAGCCAAGAAGGUUGUUCCUUCGAACAACAGGGCCAUGGUUGGAAUUGUUGCCGGUGGUGGCCGUAUCGACAAACCCAUCUUGAAGGCAGGCCGCGCCUACCACAAAUACAAGGUUAAGCGCAACUGCUGGCCGAAGGUGCGUGGUGUCGCCAUGAACCCGGUUGAGCAUCCUCACGGUGGUGGUAACCAUCAACACAUCGGUAAAGCUUCGACUGUCAAGAGAGGAACAUCCGCUGGUCGCAAAGUCGGUCUUAUCGCCGCUCGCAGGACGGGUCUUAUUCGGGGUGGCAAGGUUGAGUCUAAGAAGGACGAUUAGAUUGUUAGACUCGAGCGCCCGCUUUGUAUUUCAUGUAAAAUUUUCAUGUAUUUGCGUGUAUUGGUGAAAUAUAAGGAUGGUGAAAAUUUUUUACUUUA